AUGGUGAGUGAUGGAAAAUAUCAGAACAACUUGUCACAAUUAUUUGCAGGAACAUAUAUCUAUGCCGGGGGUGGAAAGUACGUAGGAGAUUUUUCAGACGACAAGCGGCAUGGAAAGGGCUGUUAUUCCUACCCGGAUGGUGACGUUUAUGAAGGAGAAUUCAGGUUUGGCCGUCGUGAGGGAUCUGGAAAGUAUAAAUAUGCCAAGGGAGAAUGCUAUGAGGGCGAGUGGCAGGCGGAUCGUAUGCACGGCAAAGGAAGAUACACGUACAGCACGGGGAAGAUCUACGACGGAAUGUGGGCUGAAGAUCGUCCUCAUGGAGAAGGACGUUUAAUCGACGGCAACAACGUGUAUGAAAUGAGCUAUCAAAAUGGAACGGUCACAAGACAGCAGCUCAAGAAGGAUCAGCAGCAGCCGACAGGCUCUGGAGGUGUUGUAGAUGCGUUCACGUGGCUUCAGCAGGCAGUUUCCUGCCAGCCUGUUGGGCCUUGCAUGGACAAACGUUCCGACUGGAGAAAGUGAAACGUCUGAGUCACCCUCGACGAGGCGGGGGCCGCCGUCAGAGAUUCAAGUUGCACGGUGCCACCUGGCUGUGACCGUCCUGGCAUCGGCGAUCACGGCCUGGCCCGCUAUCAGGCUGUCCUACCCGGUAGUU